AUGUUGGAACAAGUGAAAGAGCGCCUGUUGCUGCUGUUCCGCACGGGAAAAUACGCCCAAUUGUCACCGGAGGACUUGGAAAAAAUAUAUCAGGUUUCUAAGACGUUUCUACGGCUGAAUGAGUCGAAACUCGCCCCACUGGAGUACUACACGCUCCUGGAACUGCACUAUUUCCUUUGUCUGCUGACAACAAGGGACACAGAGGCAAAAACGGCGCUGGACCGAUUCAGCGACAGAUUCGAAGCCAAGGACAGUGAGAAACUAGUUGUUCUCAAGAGCUAUUACGUCGAAAUCCUCGGCAAGAAGGACGCCCUCGAAUACCUGGAGAAGGCGGCCGUGCCGUUGAUCCAAACAAGACCGAGUCUGACGGCAGAGCCUGUUCAGCACCACGAGAAAGACCUGCGACAGAUCGAAAAGCGGAAGGUGGCGCUCAAAAGCGACUCGCGAGCCAGCUACAUCAAAAACCUGCUUGAAUAUAUUAACGAUACUCCGCUGGAUUACGAGUCGUGGAUGGAGCUGGCAGAACAAUACGUUGCUCUUGGCGAAUACGAAAAAGCAUACGACUGCGUCCAGGAGGUGCUGGUGGGCGUUCCUGCCGCGUACGUGGUCUGGUGUCGUGCAGGAGAGCUUUGUCGGCUGAUGUUUCUUCGCGACGGACGCGGCAAAGAGGUACUGCAGCAGGCGACGAGAUCCUUUAUGCGUGCGAUCGAGCUCUGCGAGCUCCACACGCGCAGCUGGUGCGGCCUGCUGGCUGUUGCGAGAGAUCUGAAGGACAAAAAGCUGGAGGCUGUUGCCAGAAACAAGCUGGAGCAAAUCGUGGAGGAAGGCCGCACAAACGACACCGAUGUGCAGAGAAUCCGGGAUGUGCUUGCACUCAUUGGCUAG